AUCAGACGGGAGGAUGUCCACGUUACGUCUCAAAACGUGGUCAAUUUACGUCUAUUUCUGUAUAAAACCGUCUGGGGUCGGCACAUUGAAUAAUUACAGUGUAGGACGGGACUGCUCAUUCGCUAUCUCAUUCUCGGACGCUCCACUUGUCUUAAAAUGUUACUUGUACUAUUCUCCCUAUUUGUAGGAGUUUUUGCCGCGGAAUAUACUCUACCGGGAGAAUGUCCCGAUGUCAAGCUGCAAGAGAAUUUGGAUCCUACUAAGUUUUCAGGCCUCUGGUACAAUGUAGCAAGCUACGCCAGCGAUGGUCGCGAAAUAUACGACUGUUCAACAAUGGACUUCCAGGAAGACAACUUGGGAUACAUGUACAAAGAAACAUAUGUUCAAAUGGACCAGGGCAACAGGACUCAAAAGGUGUACCAAGCCAGAGUGGACCCCACUUUCGAUGCUGGGAACAGAGCCCUGUUUAUAAUGAGUCAUGAAGCUGGAGACAAAGUGCUACAGUUCCCAUUCUUCAUUUUAUCGACAGACUACGAUGGCUAUGCUAUUGCCUAUACGUGCAAAUGGUUGAAGGAGAAAAUUCGUAAACAUUACGUUUACACAUGGGUACUGACACGUGGCAAGGAAAAACUCCAAGGAGAACUACUAAAAAAGGUUGAAGAUUCGCUAUCCAAAUACCCAGAGCUGGCUGAACAUAGGACUUCGUUUGUUUUCAAAGAUUUCUCCGAAGCAAGCUGUGCUUAUACGAAUAAACUAGAAACUGACUUCUUCACAAGUAACUUUUGGUGAAGCCUGCAAAUAUCUUGUAUUAGACUGUGAAUAAAGG